AUGGUGAAUAUCGUCAUUUUUGGAGAGAUAGGAGCGGGCAAAAGCUCCGUCAUAAACCUCUUAGCCGGCCGACAAAUAGCGCACAUAUCACCUGACGCUCACCGCUGUACUCUACAUUGGACGGAGCUCCAAGUAACAUUCGAAAAUGGGACCCGAUAUCAGGUGUUUGACACGGCAGGCCUCCAGGAGCCCUGCCUACACACCGGAGAGUACCUUUCCGCAAUUUCAAAUGUAUAUAGCCUCAUCACCACCCUGAAAGAGCGAGGAGGUGUUAACCUCUUGCUCUUCUGCGUCCGCGGAGGUAGAGUAACGGCGACCAUGCAGAGCAACUACAGGUUGUUCUUCGAGUUUCUUUGCGAGGAAAGGGUCCCGCUUGUACUGGUCCUCACAAACCUCGAAAGAGAGGUAAACAUGGAAGACUGGUACACACAGAAUAACAAGGACCAACUUGCGAAAUAUGGGAUGCACUUCCCUGGAUAUGCUUGUGUUACAACUCUGCCCGGUGGACGUGCUGAAUCCCAGGAUUUACGACAACGUCGUGCACAGUCCUACGAAGCCGUUUGCAAACUUAUUCUGGACCAUUGUUCGCAGGCCCCUCGAAAAACAUAGCUGUGCACUGUAGCUAUCGACGAAACGACGAUCUAUCGUGAAUUGGCUUGUUUUAGAUCAGGAGCUCGUACAUAUGAUGGACUGGUACAUACGUAGAAAGAUACCACGUGAUCUGGGUGUGACAAACUGUGACCUGUGACGUUUAGUCUCUGACUCUAUGACUCAUGGAUCUAACUCUAA